UUUAAUUUUAGACAUGCAUCCUGCUUUGCGUAGACCAUCAUACAAUACCAUUAUUAUGGUCAGACAAGGCAUGGCUUUUACCAGGCAUCUCAAACGCAUCUAUAUGGAUAAAGCGGAUAAUAUUAAAUUACCACCAGAGCCUACUACUUGUUGUAUGUCGGGUUGUGCUAAUUGUGUUUGGAUUGAGUACGCGCAAACCAUAUCUAAAAUAUUAGAUGGCAAUAGUGAAAAAGUGAAGGAAAUUGUAUUAAGCAAAAUUACAGAUCCAAAUUUAAAAAUGUUUUUGACUCUUGAACUCAGAAAUCUACAAACGCAAAAUCCUAACGCAACAGAGAUUCCCAAACAGUCUUAGAUUAAUUCCCUUGUAAUCAACCUGUUCUUAAACUUGCAAUGAUGAUAGUGAUAAAUUAUAUAUUUGUUUAAAAUUUUUAGUGUAUAUAU